CGAAAGUAAAAGCAAAUCCCAAAAAACCUCAUAAAAAUGAAGACCGCUUGCGUUAUCCUCGCCCUCUGUGGCUAUGUGUCCGCCGGUGUCAUCGGUUACGGCGCGCCCGUCGGUGUCCUCAACACCGGUGCCUCAUCGCAGUUCCGUAGCCAAGAUAACAUUGGAAACUAUGCUUUCGGUUACAACGAAGACCACUCAACCGGCGGUACCUUCAGACGAGAGGAGGGCGCACCUGGCGUUCAGGUCGGCUCAUACGGUCUGAGAGACGCUGACGGACGAGUCCGAGUUGUCAACUACGUGGCCGAUGCCGGCGGAUUCAGAGCCAACAUCCAGACCAAUGAGCCCGGCGUUGAGCCCAAGGAUCCCGCAAAUGUGCUCAUCAACAAAGCUCAGGCUAUCGUUGCCGCCGCCGCACCGGUCGUCGCCGCCGCCCCGUUAGUCGCUGCCCCCGCUGUCCACCACACCGUGGCCGCCGCACCCGUGGUCUCCCACUAUGGAGCACCCCUAGUGUCCCACUAUAACGCACCCGUCGCCCAUUACGCCGCUCCCGUCCAGAGCCACUCGUACUCAACCCACACCCAACAUGUGGCCGGAGCACCCCUUGUGCACACCUAUGCCGCCGCCCCAGUGGUUCAAACCCAUUUGGCUGCCCCAUUGGCCGCACCCGUGGCCUAUGCCACUAAGACCAUCCACUCGGCCCACGCCGCUCCCCUUCUCAACUACUGGUAA